CCGGCCGGCCCGCCCGCCCGCCAUGCCCGGCUUCGACUACAAGUUCCUGGAGAAGCCCAAGCGGCGGCUGCUGUGCCCGCUGUGCGGGAAGCCCAUGCGCGAGCCCGUGCAGGUCUCCACCUGCGGCCACCGCUUCUGCGACACCUGCCUGCAGGAGUUCCUCAGUGAAGGGGUCUUCAAAUGCCCUGAGGACCAGCUUCCUCUGGACUAUGCCAAGAUCUACCCAGACCCGGAGCUGGAGGUGCAGGUGUUAGGCCUGCCUAUCCGCUGCAUCCAUAGUGAGGAGGGCUGCCGGUGGAAUGGGGCACUUCGCCAUCUCCAGGGCCACCUGAAUACCUGCAGCUUCAAUGUAGUCCCUUGCCCGAAUCGCUGCCCUGCCAAGCUGAGUCGUCGUGAUCUGCCUGCGCACUUGCAGCACGACUGCCCCAAGCGUCGCCUCAAGUGUGAGUUCUGUGGCUGUGACUUCAGUGGGGAGGCCUAUGAGAGCCACGAGGGAAUGUGUCCCCAAGAGAGCAUAUACUGUGAGAACAAGUGUGGUGCCCGCAUGAUGCGACGGUUGUUGGCCCAGCAUGCCACUUCUGAGUGCCCAAAGCGCACCCAGCCUUGUGCUUACUGCACCAAGGAGUUUGUCUUUGACACAAUCCAGAGCCACCAAUACCAGUGCCCACGGCUGCCUGUGCCCUGUCCCAACCAGUGUGGUGUGGGCACUGUGGCUCGAGAGGACCUUCAAGGACAUCUGAAGGACAGCUGCAGCACUGCCUUGGUGCUCUGCCCGUUCAAAGAGUCUGGCUGCAAGCACAGGUGCCCUAAGCUGGCAAUGGCACGGCAUGUGGAGGAGAGUGUGAAGCCGCAUCUGGCGAUGAUGUGUGCCCUGGUGAGCAGGCAGCGGCAAGAGCUGCAGGAGCUGCGGCGGGAGCUGGAGGAGCUGUCCAUAGGCAGUGAUGGUGUGCUUAUCUGGAAGAUUGGCAGCUAUGGGCGGCGGCUACAGGAGGCAAAGGCCAAGCCCAAUCUGGAGUGCUUCAGCCCAGCCUUCUAUACACACAAGUAUGGUUAUAAGCUGCAAGUGUCUGCGUUCCUCAAUGGCAACGGCAGUGGUGAGGGCACACACCUCUCACUCUACAUUCGUGUUCUGCCAGGUGCCUUUGACAAUCUCCUUGAGUGGCCCUUUGCCCGUCGUGUCACCUUUUCCCUGCUGGAUCAGAGCGACCCGGGUCUGGCUAAGCCACAGCAUGUCACUGAGACUUUCCACCCUGAUCCAAAUUGGAAGAAUUUCCAAAAGCCUGGCACUUGGCGAGGCUCCCUGGAUGAGAGUUCUCUGGGCUUUGGAUAUCCCAAGUUCAUCUCCCACCAGGACAUCCGAAAGAGAAACUAUGUACGGGAUGAUGCUGUGUUCAUCCGUGCCUCUGUUGAACUGCCCCGGAAGAUCCUCAGCUGAGAGCGCAGCUGCUGGGGCUUAAAGGCGGGAGACAGGACAUGAUCUGUCAGGCACUGGCGGAACCUGAGAUGGGGCCGGACCCCCUUUCAGUUGCUUCUGCCGAGGUUCUGUUACCCUGCUCUCUCCCACCAUCACCCUCAGGUGCCUCCAAUUGGUGCUUCAGCCCUGGCCGCUGAGGGGAGCAGCUCUUGGGGUUAUCAAGGGCUGGAAACAAGUGAUCCCAGGGCCUGUCUCUCCUCCUAGACAGGGCAGACAUGCCUUUGUACCGCCACAUUCUAUCGGGACUGAGGUGCCUGCCCAGGUGCUAAGUCCCAAGAGCCAUAGGGGAGGGAUUUGGAAAAGGGUGGGGUAGUUAAAAGAAUCUGCCUUGAGAUUGAUUUCUCACCCCCCUUACCCAGCUGUGUCCCCUCUGGUUAUUUAUUUCUUUAGUGCUAGAAGGGCACAGCAGGGAAGCCCUGAUUUUUAAUAAAUCCUGAGUUGUAUUUAUUAA